AGUUCCAUUUCCUAGCACCUGCAUCGCUAUCUCCGCCAUCGUCCUCUUCAAAUUAUUCGUACACUCUGUUUCUCUCAUUUUCGCUCUUUCCCUGUGGCGCGAAUUCUAUCUAAUUCACCGCCGUUAACGACCGCUGGCCGCCGGAGAGUCAAAGCUAUUCGUACUUGCUGUAAUUUUCCGGUAGAAAAAUGUCACACGUUUUGAACUUUUUGGUUUCUUCCUCUUCCUGCUCGCCUACGACCUUCGCAACCUCAAAACGACCAGCAUUUCCUGUCUCCGCCGUCCGUUCACGGUUACCGGUGAAGACAUUUCUACGUACACCAAUCGUAAUAGCUUCAGCUUCAGAGAACGGUUCGGGAGUGAUACGAUCAAGUGCGACGCAGGUGCAUGAUACUUACAAUGCGGUCGCGGAUUUUGAGGUGGACGCGGUGACGGAGGCGGAGUUGAAGGAGAAUGGUUUCAGGAGUACGCGAAGGACGAAGCUGAUAUGUACGAUCGGGCCAGCGACGUGCGGGAUUGAGCAGUUGGAGGCGUUAGCUGUGGGAGGAAUGAACGUUGCGCGGAUCAAUAUGUGUCAUGGAACUCGGGAAUGGCAUCGUAUGGUGAUCGAGAGAGUUCGGAGGUUGAAUGAGGAGAAAGGCUUCGCGGUCGCCAUAAUGAUGGACACUGAAGGUAGCGAGAUUCAUAUGGGAGAUCUCGGUGGCGCUUCAUCGGCUAAAGCUGAGGAUGGGGAAAUUUGGACUUUCACUGUUCGAGCAUUUGAUUCACCAAUCCCGCGACACACCAUUAAUGUUAACUAUGAUGGAUUUGCUGAAGAUGUGAAAGUGGGUGACGAGCUACUAAUAGACGGUGGAAUGGUGAGGUUUGAAGUGAUUCAGAAAAUUGGUCCAGAUGUUAAGUGUCUAUGUACAGAUCCUGGACUUCUAUUACCUCGGGCCAAUUUGACAUUUUGGCGGGAUGCUAAAUUAGUAAGCGAACGCAAUGCAAUGCUUCCGACUAUUUCUUCAAAGGAUUGGCUAGACAUCGACUUUGGGAUUGCUGAGGGCGUUGAUUUCAUUGCUAUAUCAUUUGUCAAAUCUGCUGAAGUCAUUAAGCAUCUUAAGAGUUACAUUAAAGCCCACUCUCCUAAUUCUGAUAUUGCCGUAAUUGCAAAGAUAGAGAGCAUUGACUCAUUGAAGAACUUGGAAGAGAUAAUUCAGGCAUCAGAUGGAGCUAUGGUGGCAAGAGGAGAUCUUGGUGCUCAAAUUCCGCUUGAACAGGUCCCAUCAGAACAGCAAAGGAUUGUUCAGUUAUGCAGGCAGCUUAAUAAGCCUGUUAUAGUAGCCUCCCAGCUGCUUGAAUCUAUGAUUGAAUACCCUAUUCCAACUAGAGCCGAAGUGGCUGAUAUUUCUGAAGCAGUUAGGCAAAGGGGGGAUGCUUUGAUGCUCUCUGGUGAGUCAGCCAUGGGCCAGUACCCUGAGAAGGCAUUGAGUGUUCUAAGAAGUGCUAGUUUGAGAAUUGAAAGAAGCUGGAGAGAACAAAAACACCAUGAAGUUAUUGAACUACCAUCCAUAGCGUCUUCCUUUACUGGCAGUAUUUCAGAGGAGAUUUGCAACUCUGCUGCCAAGAUGGCUAACAAUUUGGAAGUUGAUGCUCUUUUUGUUUACACCAAAAACGGACACAUGGCUUCUCUCUUGUCACGAUGUCGUCCUGACUGCCCAAUUUUUGCAUUU